UCCCUUUCUGAUUGGUGGAGAAGAGCCAUCAAUCUUCAGUGUUCACACCACAAAUCCAAGAAACGGGUGAAAGUGGGGCGAUUGUAGCAGUGGACUCAGCGGGAGCAAAGAGAUCAGAGCAAGAUGUGCGAUUUUUCAGAGGAUCAAAUUGCCGAAUUCAAAGAGGCUUUCUGCCUCUAUGAUCGAAUUGGUGAAGGUAGAAUUGGCUACAACCAAUUUGCUGAUCUGCUGCGUGCCCUUGGCCAGAAUCCAUGCAAUGCAGAAGUCUUGAAAGUUCUUGGGAAUCCAAAGCCUGAAGAUAUGAAUAUGAAAACUCUGGAUUUUGAGCAAUUUCUCCCAAAACUUCAAGACAUUGCAAGAAACAAAGAACCUGGAACCUUUGAGGAUAUUGUAGAGGGCCUGCGAGUCUUUGAUAAAGAAGGAAAUGGCACAGUCAUGGGUGCUGAACUGCGCCAUGUGCUGGUUACUCUUGGUGAGAAAAUGACCGAUGAAGAAGUGGAGACUCUGCUGGCCGGCCAAGAGGAUGCAAAUGGCUGUAUUAACUAUGAGGCUUUUGUCAGGCACAUCAUGUCUGGGUGAAUGGCAGGCCAUGAGUUGGUCCGAAUGGUGAUGAAUGGCUGAUGGCUCUCUUGUACCUGAAUUUUAAGUGCCUUUUCUACUUGAACACAAACCUUUUUUCUAAAUGAAUUACUUUCUUGUUUAUAUCACAUGCACAGAUGCAGGCUAGAGAAUGGUAGUCUCCAAUGCACUAAUAGUGGGAGCUGAAAAGAUAGUUGGAGGAAGUUUAUUCCUUUUUAUACUGCAACCUUCAGAUCUUGGUACUAAGUGCCCCAUACAGUUUGAGGGAAGCAGUUGCUCUUUUUUUCCUCCCCUUUGUGUACACAUGCAUGAACGUACUCACACUUUUUAAAGGCUGAGUGUUGGGUGAGGAAUUUGGAUGCCCCUAGUCCAAAAGUAAAGGUGGCUCCAAAUUCACUAGUUUCUGCUCAGAAUGUAUCUGCACAUCUUUUUAAUCUGAAAUUCUUCGUUUUUUUUCAAAAUGCUUUCAAUUAAUAAAAUCUGAACUGUUAACAUGG